GCCCCUGGCAACCACCGGAGAACGGGCGGAAUAUGGCGAAGAAAAUAAGUGACAAAAAAUCUCUUUGGCAACAAAUAUGUGACGAGUAUGAAGCUGAGCAGCCCAGUCCUCCCAGUGCUGUGCGGGCGGAUGUUGACCCUCUCCUGAGCCACCCUGCUCUCGCUGGCAAUGCUGUGUUGGGAAAACCUUGUCCUUCCAGUCAGAGGCGCCCAUCAACACCUGAAACUGCACCCCCUCCUCAGCAACAUGAACGUCCUGUCAUAUGUUUUUUGGAGAGGAGAGUGUUUCCAGAGUUGUUGCCAGGACUGGAGGCUCUACUGAAAGAAGCACAGAAACAUGGCUGUUUCGAGAGGAAAAAAACAGCAUUUAACCCUUGUGACUUCCUGUCGGAGUGGCUCUACAACCAUAACCCCUGCAGGCAAGAACAGGUCCCAGUGAACUUCCAUGACAUCCCUUUUGUCAAGGACUGGCUCAGCAUGCAUCCCAGGCCUCCCAUCCCUCUGUUUCUGCAGUUGAGUGAGGAUCAGGCUGCCCUGCUCAUCCAGGCUUUCUGGAGAGGAUACAAGAUCAGGGCACGCCCAGAUGUGCAGGAGCUGCGCCAGUGGCAGAAAGAACUGAGAGAGAACCGUGACAUUGCCAAAACUGUCGAGCACUUCUGGGUCCAACACGAGAGCCGAGUGGGCUCUGCCAUGACGGAUCUUCCAGGAAGCCCGCAGCCUGGCGACUCAGAUGUGUCCAUCCAGGUGGUUUCCCCCACCCCCCAGAGCACUGUGGUCCACACCCCCACCCCCCAGAUGACCCCUGAGGGCAUUGAGUUGCUGACCCCCAGCCUGUGCAGCAUGGAGAAAAUGGCCUCCACACCAUCAGCAACUGAUGUACUCGCUGUAUCUGUACAUGGUCACAAAUCCCUGACUGCAGCGUCUCCUUCUUUACUCUGACCUGAAAACCUGAGCUAAAUCAUUAGAUGUGUGAACAAGGUUUUUCUGGUGUUUAAAGGCUAUUAGACGCUGUUAGGUUGAUGUCAAACUGACCAAAGCGAUCAGUCAAACACGCCGUUAAAGCGCCUGUAACCAACUGGAUAUGGCCAGGCAGGGAUUUAUGGUUCGAGAUUUGCGUCUAAUUAGUUGAUUGCUUUCAUUGCCUUUUUGAUGGAUCACCUCCCUUCACGAGUCUCACCCAACAAAUGAACACCAUAUAGUACGGUUCACUUGUUAUUACUGUCGGGAGUGAAGCCUCCCAUAACAGACUUCAUAUUUCCUCGCAGCACCUCUCGCUGAUAGCUCACUGGAAGAUAACCAAAUCGUAUUUCCCUGCCUUGUCAUUUCCUCUUUCCUUAGCAGUACAUAUCACUCCACAAAAGAGGUUAUAGCAUUUCCAUUCAAGCCAGGAUUUGAGGCCAGAGUGAAAGGUGAGUCAGCAUGCAGAGCAGCACUUUCUAUCCUGUUUAUCAGGAAAGAAAAUGACCCUGUCAGGGAAACAGAGACUAAAAUGUGUAAAAACAUCACUGAGAUCACCGGUGAGUGAUUGAUAGCUAUUUGACAGAGCAGCAGCUAGGAAUAUCCUGUAUUCUCUUAACGUCUGACUAAUUUACAAACAAUAAAAAUCCCUGUUACAUGUUCUCAGACACAAUGUGGAUUCAAUGUUAGCUUCAGGAAGUAUACCCUAUUUAACAGUAAAUAUUUUUAACAUUAUUUCAUGUGUAUAUCAUGGAAAAGCAGCUUUAAAUCAUAGAGGAUAAUAAAUAGAUAAUUUAUUUAGUUUUUACCAAUAAACAUUUACACCAUAUGGACUUUUGGUAACCAAAGUAACCUGCUGUGUCUCAAGUCGAAUACCUGUGUACUUAUACUUGCUAUUUUGAGUGCAUGAUUGCGUUCAUAAUGAGAAGUAUAGCAAAAUGCAAUGCACUACUGGUGCACCCGUACCAGUCAAACAGUUGAGUGUGGAAAGUUGGAUACUUCUCAACCUCAUGGUCGCCAUGUUGCCGACGUAGUCGAAGGGGCGGGACCACAACACAUUUCAAAUUUGUGAAAUGUCAGCUGACUACCACAGUAAAGUACAAAUAUACAUGUGUAUUUUAAACUACCAUUAGACUGUUGUCGGAUAAAAGCCAUCAGUUUGUUUAUUGCGUUUCUUUCUGUAGUAAUUUGGCACCACAAACAACAAUGUGAAUGUUAGCUUGCUAGCUAGCUAGCUAACAGCAGCACGUUUUAUCAUCAGGCAUUGACGUCACAGGUGUUGUUGCGUAAGCUAUACGAUCUGUGAGGGUAGUUAAGUUUGGUGUUUAUGCAUGUUAAAUUUUCUUCAUUGUAGAAGAUUAUAGUGUUAGAUUUGUGUCCAGAAGCUUGACAAGCUGUAAAUGUUCACGAAAAGCAGCAGCCAUAAUUAACUUGGUGGAUCAGCUGGUGAUAGAAUCAACCUGUGUCGGCUGCGGAAACUCAUAGAUUCAUUUUUAAUUCAAUAACAUCAUAAAUACAGAAGAAAUUAAGUGAUGAUGUAGCAAGCAUGUAGUCUGACGAGUGACAAUUGUAAGUUGUUGAUUGAUUUGAGGCAAUGCUACCCUGUCAAAAUUUGCACACUAUGCAAGUAAGUACAUUGUGUACCCAUCGUCUGUGAAUUUGUAUGUUUUGUUCAUGCUGUAUUUUAUUUCUGCAUAUUCUCACACUACAGCAUAUGUGGUUUUGGUCUUUUGCUAGACGUAGCUAAAGGUUAGACAUUUUGUGUUCUGCCACUGAUGACUCCAUUACUUUCAGCUGUCUUUUUUUUUUUUUGUGCAUGCCAGCAUUCAUUUUAAAUGUCACGUAUCAGCUAUGGAAAGUUCAUGAAAUUCGAUAAGCAAAAAUAUUCAGGUUGAAAAGACUGCACGCUGCUCAACUGCAGUUCUUUACUCUCCUUCAUGCCAACUUAAAAGACUGUGCAGGUUAUAAGCGUCUUCUCCUGACUGUGUGUCAAUUAAACUGAGCAAAUAAAGUGCACUCCUGGCAUAUCUCCAUCACUUACCUGAGAGGAUACUUCUGGUUUCCCCUUCAGUGUCACUGCAGAGCGGCAAGGCAGCGGUCUUGUGAUGGACGGCUUUCCUGACCAUCCCAGUCACUGAUGCACACCGCUUCACAGCGAGGCAUGAGGAGGGUCAUGUAUCUCCCUUUGCAGGUAUGUGGAUGCCUGGGAGACAGCUGCCACUGGGUGAGGUGAUAAAGCAGCCCAUUUCGUUCUGGGGACAUCUGAUCAGUCUGGCAGCACUGGGCCCGACUGAAACUGGAUCACACAGGAGCAGGAGGGAGUGGGCACCAGGCUGUCAGAGCAAAGCCAGAAAACAACUGGGUCUGGGCUGCGAUUCCAGGCCGAAGGUGGAAGUGUAAAAUACAACUGUGUUUACAUUCAGAGAGCUUGAUUUUAGGGAGUGUAUCCCUGUGUGGGCUUCAAAUACACUGAUGUAUGAGUGACACUAAUACCAUGUUCUUAGAUGUAAACAUUAAGCUAAACAUUGUUCAAACCUCUAGAACAUGUGGGAGGUUAUGUGCCUAAAUUAAAGGCAGUUGAUUAUAUUAUUAAGGUGCGAAAAUGUAUAUGAGCUACUGACUUCGGUCUGAAAAUAAAACCCAGUAGAAUUGCAACAUGACCUCCAGGAUUAAAAAGACAACAUACAGUUGAUUCCUACCUAAAUCCUGCAUUUUCUAUCGGAAAAAAACACUCAGACCUGUCAGGACGAUAUGACAAAAUUGUUUUCACACACGUCCAGUAGUUAUGAGUCUUGUUUGUGUCCACCUGGCAAGUGUAAGUUCAAAUUUCACCCUCUUUUAUCUCCGUUUUUGGUCUCUACCAACUGCUGAGGGAAAUCUCUGUCUCUCUAGCUGUUAAAUACUCCACUAUGUUCGCCAGCUAGUUGCUACUGUGUCUGCUAAGCAUGCCUUUCAUUCCUAUAAAAGUUGCUCAGUGGUGCAUGAAGCCAAAAAAGGUUCAACUGCCACUUAGAAAAAUACCCGUACCGCUUUCGUGUGUGGUCCAUAGAGCAGGCACACUAGAGACUUUCUCCAGCUGAGCCAGGUACUUUGGUUUAGUGCUCCGCUAACUUGAAUGGUAAUACAAUAAUUCAAUCGCAAAGCUCUUCUAGAUUUUCUAAAUGUUAUCAGACUGAAUGGAUCAAACUCUGAUCUUUUCACAGGGGUUGUGACACUCAAAAUGUACCCACCGAAUUACAGAUUCUCUGUUUUGUUAAGUCUCUGGGAACAAGUAUUUUUGGGCCACAUGGCAUCAUGUGA